AUGCAGGUUGGCGUAAAUGGCCACCAAGAGUAUGGUGAUGUGGAUGCCACCAUGAAUGCCUUUUCCCAAUGGCUGAGCGAAAUGAAAGCCCGAUCAAACAGCAGUCUGCAAGCAAUGAUGGCUGAGAUGAGUGUCAUCCGUGACGGGAUCACCUCCAAUAGUGCGGACCUCACGGAGUACAAGAGGCAUAGCAUCUCAGUUCAGCAACAGAUGCAGUCGCAGCUCACAGAUUUGCGUGAAAAGCUGACGAGCGCCUUCUCUGAGAUCACCUCAUUGGUGAAGCAGAAGGCUGCCACCGACCAGGAGCUGCUUAGCGAAAUCCAUGCAUUGGGACGACAGCUCUCCAUGAAAACAGCAGAGCUGGAGGCCUUGAAGAAGUCCUAUAGCUCAACGCAUCAGCAACUUCAGCAGAACCUUGUGCAGCUGCAGGCACAGUUGCUUCCUUGUGCUCCUUCAUGUCCUGAAGCUCCAAAAUCAUUUGACAUGAUUCAAUCUAACCUUGUGGUUUAG